ACAUUCAUUUACUGUUUCUGUCAAUACCAAUCACAAAUGCAGAACCGCUUGAAUGUUAUUCAUGUCUAAUUGGCUGGGAUGUUAGGGGCUGCAACACUACGAUGACUUGUCAAAAUGGCGAAGUUUGCUUUGUGGAUUUAAUCAGUGCUGGAAUGGGUAUCUCUUAUACGCUUGGCUGCUCUGCGGAAGAGCAUUGCAAAGAUGGUUCGUUCGCACCGGUACCACCAGGUCUCAUUCACCUCUGGAGUUGCUGUCAAUACAAUCUAUGUAACAACCAAAACCUAGGUCCGCCUGGUCCCUGGUCAGAAUGGGGACCCUGGUCUCCAUGUGAUGUCACCUGCGGAAACGGAACACGAUCUCGCGACAGACAUUGCAUUACUGGGCCGCCAGGUUCUUGUUCUGGAAAUAGUACAGAAACUGAGCAUUGUCAACAGGACCCAUGUCAGGAACCGCUUGACUGUUAUUCAUGUCUAAUUGGCUGGGAUGUUAGGGGCUGCAACACUACGAUGACAUGUCAACAUGGCGACGUUUGCUUUGUGGAUUUAAUCAGUGCUGGAAUGGGUAUCUCUUAUACGCUUGGCUGCUCUGCGGAAGAGCAUUGCAAAGAUGGUUCGUUCGCACCGGUACCACCAGGUCUCAUUCACCUCUGGAGUUGCUGUCAUUACAAUCUAUGUAACAACCAAAACCUAGGUCCACCUGGUCUCUGGUCAGAAUGGGGACCUUGGUCUCCAUGCGACGUCACCUGCGGAAACGGAACACGAUCUCGCGACAGACAUUGCAUUACUGGGCCGCCAGGUUCUUGUUCUGGAAAUAGUACAGAAACUGAGCAUUGUCAACAGGACCCAUGUCAGGAACCGCUUGAAUGUUAUUCAUGUCUAAUUGGCUGGGAUGUUAGGGGCUGCAACACUACGAUGACAUGUCAACAUGGUGACGUUUGCUUUGUGGAUUUAAUCAGUGCUGGAAUGGGUAUUUCUUAUACGCUUGGCUGCUCUGCGGAAGAGCAUUGCAAAGAUGGUUCGUUCGCACCGGUACCACCAGGUCUAAUCCACCUCUGGAGUUGCUGUCAUUACAAUCUAUGUAACAACCAAAACCUAGGUCCACCUGGUCUCUGGUCAGAAUGGGGACCUUGGUCUCAAUGCGACGUCACCUGCGGAAACGGAACACGAUCUCGCGACAGACAUUGCAUUACUGGGCCGCCAGGUUCUUGUUCUGGAAAUAGUACAGAAAUUGAGCAUUGUCAACAGGACCCAUGUCAGGAACCUCUGGAAUGUUAUUCAUGCGUAGUUGGAUGGGUUGUUAGCGGCUGCAACACUACAACGACAUGUCAGUCUGACGAAGCUAGUAUAAAUAAUGGAUAUGUGUUUGUCUUUAAGCUUCUUCUACAAACGUUUGAUAACGUAACGUCAUUUAAUAUCCGGAAAACGUAGAAUAAAGCCUGGUGGAAAGCAUUAACUUAAAGGAAAAAUGAUACUUAAAUCGUUACACCAAAACUAGUAAAUAAUUUUAGAAAUGUAGAACUUUGAAUCCAAUGUAAUAACAAUCAACUAAUUUGCUUGAAUAAGCAAGGAUAUGAUGACCAAGAUUGCCAACCAAGAAGUUAAAGAUGGUAUAACCUUACCUUACAUGUAUUAAGUUUGAAUCAUUGGCUGCAGUAACGUACUUGAAAAUAUGUUGCAACAAAAUAUUCACUGUAUUGUUAAUCCAAUACGAGAACGAAAGACAAACUAAUACGUUCAAAGUACAGUAACGAAAUAAUAAUAUCCAUUGAAAACAAAUGCAGGCGAGAUAAUCUUGACAUCAACAUCGCAAAUCGCACAUCUGAACGCAAUGUCUUCAUUACAAAAGAACGUACAUGUACUCCACGUUGCAUAAUUUAAACGAAUCACAGUCUAAACAUACCAAUGUUAUAUUUCUAUUUCUAAAGUAAAGAUUUCAGUCCUUUAUUUAUCAUAAAACCCCUUUACUUGUAUCUGGUAUUAUUUACGCAGAUAUGCUGCUUUCGUUUCUAUAGAGACACACUACGUAUGUUGCGAUGUCCACAAACAGGAAACAUCGCAAGUUAUUGUACAAAUCGCAGAAUCGAUGAGUUAUAACCUUGUUUGAAACUAGUUGUUAUCAAAUGUUUGAGUUAUCAGAUAAUAUAAAGUAUUUGUACUAAUUUUCAAGGUCUGCUUCGUGGAUUACAUCAGCGCUGGAAUGGGUAUUACAUAUACGCUCGGUUGCUCUGCUGAAGAGCAUUGCAAAGACGGUUCAUUCGCACCAAUACCACCAGGCCUCAUUCACAUGUGGAGCUGCUGCCAUUCAGAUCUGUGUAACAAGUACAAUCUAGGGCCGCCUGGUGGCUGGUCAGACUGGGGUCCGUGGUCUUCAUGUGACGUCACCUGCGGAAACGGAACACGAUCUCGCGACAGACAUUGCGUUAUAGGGACACCAGGUUCUUGCUCCGGAAGUAGUACAGAAACUGAGCAUUGUCAAGAGGAGCCAUGUCAGGACCUACUUGAAUGUUUUUCAUGCACACUCGGACUGGAUGUUAACGAGUGCAAAGCGACAUCCACGUGUCAGCCUGGAGAAGUUUGCUUUGUGGAAUCCAGUAGUAGCGGACAGUUUAUUUCAUAUAAGCUCGGCUGCGCCAAGAAAGAGCUCUGCAAAGACGGUUCGUUCCCACAGGUAUCCCAAGGAUUCCAUCCUCAACGGAGCUGCUGUCAUUCAAAUAAAUGCAAUAAGCACAUGCUUGGUUAACAUGGUUUAACUCUUGUUUAUUGUAAAAGCUGUUAGAAACGCAAGUAAAGCAUUUCUG